CGUCGUGCCUGUUUCAUGAGGCUGUGCCAGGUCGUGAUUUGCAACGCAGGUGAACACCAUGGCGGCCAUGCCCUCGUCCAUGACGCUUCGGCGUUCCCUCUCGUCAUACAACAUCCUGACGGUCCAGGAUGUCGUCGAAGCGUACGACAGUCGCAACGAGUUCAAAGCAAUCUUCAUCACGCCAGUUGUGUACGUUUUCUUUUUCAUCUUUUUUGCGUCCGCCGCGUUGACGCACGUGCCGAUUGAGACCAUGUUUCCAUCCCAAAAUGGGCUCUAUUCGACGCUCGUCACGUCCGGAUCGGACACACUCACACCCGAGUCACCGAUGCAAUUCAAGAACAUUCAGUCGCACGCGGAUGUGUUUGCAUGGCUCACCAACACGUUCGUCCCGACCGUGUUUGCCUCGACAGACUAUAACAAUGACACGAUCCCGAUCGACCAAGUCGGUCGCAUUGCGUCGUUUCAAAUCAUCGUCGGCGCGGUCGAAGUCAAAGUGUACGUGGCGCCCGUCGUGCCGUGCAAAGACUCGGUGUCGCUCUCGGCCAUCUACAACACAUGCCACGACUAUGAACACGUCCAAGAGACCAAGCCGUGGUACUUGAGUCCCAAGCUACCCGGCCCUGAAAUCUACGACUGGGUUGACCACGUCAAGCAAUCUCGUUCCCUUGUCAACACGUCGACUACUGCCCUCCAUAUCAACAUCGCCACGUACAACGGCGAGCUCAACCUGCUCUGCAUCACAGCACUUCAAAUCAAGUUUCAACGUGGUGGGUAUAUCGACACACGGUCCAAAAUGACGUCGAUGCCUCUUGAUCCGUACGGGAACGACGCGAGCAAUGGCCUCAUGGACUUUUUCACCGCCAUCAUGUUUGUGACAGUCGUCUCGAUCGAGUAUCGCAAGAUAUCCCGGCACCGCAUGCGCCACACGGUCGUGUGGACCAAGUGGCGCACCAUCACAUGGAUGUCGCUGGUGUCCGUGUUGACAUUUUAUGUCUUUUGGACCAUCUUAAGCGUCAUGGUGGACGCGGACGGCCUCAAGCAUGACAUCAUCACGAUGCAAGACCCAGCGUUUGACUUUGAUGCGAGUUACGACCUGGGGGUGCAGUACUUGAGCACGAUCAUGGAGAGGAUGAAGUCGAUGGGCACGAUCAUGACGAUUCUCCGGCUCAGCGCCAUGGUCGCGAUGUGCUUGCUCAUGUUUCGCAUCCUCGGCUCGUUGCGGUUCCACCCGGGGCUGAAUGUAGUCAUGGCGACCCUGACCAAGUCGCUUCGAUCGCUCGCGCCGUUCUUCUUUGUGUUUGUCGUGUGCCUCUCGGCGUUUGUCCUGUCGGGCUGUUUGCUGUUCGGCGACAGCACCAAGGCCUUCGGCUCCAUCGGCAUGUCGUACGUGACCGUCGUCAACAUGUUGUUUGGCCAGUUCAACCCAGACACUGUCCUCGACGUCAACUACUACACAGCCGUCGUGUGGUACUGGAGCGCCAUGGUCAUCCUUUUCCUGGUCCUUUUUAACAUGCUCCUCGCGAUCGUGAUCGACUCGUUUGAGAAGGUGCACGAUCGGACCGAGAAACGAUCGUCGCCGUACUUUGCCGCUAUCUCCGGGCUCGCACGGCUCGAAGGACCAUGGCUGUGGCCAUGGAGCCACCGCGACAUGCAACGGCUCGGACGCGCCGUCCAGUCGAACGAACUCACUGACGUGUCGCCGAGUGCCAUCGCCAAGCACCUCGCCAUUCCAGACGAACAAGCUCGCCGCUUGCUCAUGAAAGUCCGAGCGUUCAAGCAGGUGAUGGAUGUCCUGCGUGAUUCCUACGAGGACGAACACGAACGCGAAGUGGAAGGGCCAUCGACCCAAGACUUGUCCAACCAGCUCACGGCCUUGCAAACCCAAAUUGCGACACUGGUGGCCCGACUCGACUCGCCUGUGUAAUGCCGAUAACAGCAGUCUCCAUCUUGAACGAGAGGCCACGAAACAUCGUUUAGCUAAUCCAGUGGAAUCCCGCUGGGUACGGACAGAUCAUUUUGCGUGUACGCGCAGUGCUCAAGCAGACGUGUACGGCACGGUCGGCUUUGCAGGAUGAUGCGUGUGUGGCUCAUCCUCCCAACGAUAUGAAUGGAACGUCGCGGCGGGUGGCGUCGUCGUCCCAGUGCCUCCCCUCCAAUCCCUCCGCUUUUGGACGAGUGACGGGCCAUGACGUGGCGCUUUGUCCUAAGACUAAAGUGUACUCCGCACAGUGCAUGUAUCGAUUUGUCUUCGUGACCUCCGUAUGGACGGCAUAGGAGCAGCAGUCACGUCGGCUCAAAUCCAAGGACAACCUCAUCCGUUCCGGCAUGGCUGCCCUCGAUUUGGUCAUGCUCCAGUGCGGACGUGUCAUG